AUUUUGUCAAUGUCUAUUGUUUCCAAAUGUGGGCUGAGAUCUUUUGGCACGGCACCCAGUGUGCCCAUCACCACUGGGACCACCUGCACUGGUUUCUGCCAGAGUCUUUGAAGUUCAAUCUUGAGGUCCUGAGAGCGGCUGAGUUUUUCCUGUUUUUUGUCAAUGCGACUGUCACCUGGGAUGGCGACAUCAAUGAUCCAAACCUUUUUCUUUUCCACAACUGUGAUGUCUGGUGUGUUGUGUUCCAGAACUUUGUCAGUCUGGAUUCGGAAGUCCCACAGUAUCUUUGCGUGCUCAUUUUCCAAGACUUUUGCAGGUUUGUGAUCCCACCAGUUCUUUGCUGCUGGGAGGUGGUACUUGAGGCAUAAGUUCCAAUUGAUCAUUUGGGCCACAUAGUUGUGCCUCUGUUUGUAGUCUGUCUGUGCAAUUUUCUCACAGCAGCUGAGGAUAUGAUCAAUGGUUUCGUCGGUUUUCUUGCACAGUCUGCAUUUUGGGUCAUCAGCUGAUUAUUAUUAUUAUUGUGGGCACAGAUGUUGUGAGUCAGAAAACCACAGGGACUGACACAUAUAUUGUUUAUACAAACCACAAGGCUUGCUAUGAUUCAAGAAGUCUGAUCAUAGAGAGGAAAGAAUAAGGGCGUCAGAAGGUGAUUAGACAGGACAAAGGUGGGCAAUGGGAAUAGAAGGAAUAAAAGGAGGAUGGCUAUGGUCGAAGGGUGCUUGUCCUUUUGCUCCUGUAUAAGCGAGCAGAUUACGUUGAUUUGGCCGACUCCGUCACUGGGCGACUGGCCAAACUCAAGUGGCAUUGACCAAUGGCUGCCCUCAUUCUGGAGAGAACUGACCAGUGCGGUGCCUCGGGGCCUGAUCUGGGCCCAGUGCGGUCCAACAUCUUUACCAUUGACUUGUGAAAUGGAAUAGAAAGCGUGCUCAUCAUAUUUGCAGAUGACACCGCAUUGGGAGGGUGGCCGAUACCUCAGAGGACAGGAUCAGGAUGCAAAAUGACCUUCACAAAUGAGAGAACUGAUGGGCCAGAAUUAACAAAAUGAAUUUCAACAAGGAUAAAUGUAAGAUAUUUAUUUAUUUAUUUAUUUACAGCAUUUAUAUUCCGUGCUUCUCACCCUGAAGGGGACUCAGGGCGGAUCACAUUGCACACAUAAAGGCAAACACUCAAUGCCAUGACAUAGAACAGACAGAGCCAAGACGCAGGCACGGGCUGGCCUCGAACUCAUGACCUCUUGGUCAGAGUGAUUUGUUGAUUUGUUGCAGCUGGCUUGCUUUCCAGCCUGCGCCACAGCCCGGUCCUAUUACCCUUAGGCAGAAAAGAUAUAGGAUGGGUGACACCUGGCUUGGACAUAGUACACGUGAAAGGGACCUAGGAGUCUUAUUAGACCCCAAACCAAACAAGAGUGCGUGAUGCGGCAGGGAAAAAGGCCCAUGCGAUGCUAGGCAACGUCCAUUGGACCGAGGGAAGGAAGUCCUGGUCCCGCUCUCUUCUGUUUUGGCCAGAUCUCAGCCGGAACACAAUGUCCAUUUCUGAGCACGGAAGUCAAGAAAGACAUUGAGAAGGUGGAAGGUGUCCCGGGAAAGGCACCAAAGGAUCAAGAUUUGGAAGCCAAGCCCUUUGAGGAUCAGCCGAGGGAUCUGGGGAGGCUUCGCUUGGAGAAAAGAAGGCAGAGAGGAGACAUGGAAGUCAUGCUUUGCUAUCUGAAAGGAUGUCGCAUCGAGCAUGUUGUUUCCUGCUGCUCUGGAGCCCAGGACACAAGGGAGCCAUGGGUCCAAAUGGCGGGAAAAGAGAUUCUACCUAAACAUUACAAAGAACUUCCCGACAAUAAGGACUGUUCUGGAGUCUGCCUGGUGGAGUCUCCUUCCUUCUCGGGAGGAUUUCUCGCAGAGCUGGAUGGCCAUCUCUCGAGAGGGCUUUGCUUGUGUGUCCUUGCACGGCAGGGAGCUGCGCCCUCUCCCAACCCUGCGAUUCUACGAUUCCAAGUUCUUUUUAGACGCUCAGAGCUUCAGAGAAUCCCUUGGCCGGGAUUCCUGGGAACUCGGUUAAAUUUCCAAAAACAGCGUGCGCGCUAGCCUCAGAUGCAGAAGAACACUCUGUUCCCAAGAUAUCAAAGUGAGAUGAUUGGAGUCCCGGUGCACAGUUUGGAGAACCCAUCACCUUUUCCCAGAGACGUGCAGCAACUUGGAAGGAGCUGUCGAGAGAGCCAACGCCACCGCCUUCGUUCAUUAUAUAAGCCCGGUAGGCACCAAAGGGCAAAGGGAAACUGUCCACUUGGAGAGGAGCAGCCUCUCUCUGCCUCUCCGCAACAUCUGCAGACGUGCAAAUUAUGCAGCCGCUCCAGGCUCCCAGUGGGCAAGAGCGACUCACUGCUAGUUCUGUCAAUCAUUAGCCGGCACCGGGUGUCCCUUGGAGGGCGGAGCCCUCUGGCAAUCAGAUAUAAAAAGGUGAGAGAAAGUGUCCACAGGCUUCUCUUCUUCUUCUUCUCCCAAAUCCUGCCUGACGAGCGGCAGCUGAGAUAAGGUGCUCAUCUCUCUUUAGGCAACUUGAUUGUUUGCAGCCCUGGGAGCAGCCCUCCCGCAUCUUCGCCGAGACCCUCCUCGGCCCGCUUCUCCUCUCCCAUCUGUUCACAUCCAAGGCUGGUCUCUUCAGCAAGGUGUGCCUUUGGGGGCCUUGAGAAGGACUCGGUUCCCAUUUCUCCCACCACUGGGGUCCCUGCUCCACCUUGACCCGCCACCAUGGUCCUCUACCACUCCGAAGCGGACGAUUCCCUGCUGAUCUACGCCGGGGCCACGCUGCUCUCCGGAGGGACGAUCCUCUACCGCGUCAAGAAGUCCCGGGUGCAGGCGGCCAUCCCUUUCUUCUGCGGCAUCCUCCUGCUCCUGGCGCUGGAGAUCCUGUGUUUUGCCACCCUGAGGAACUACCUGGGCCUGAGCCUGUUCUCCCUGGUGUGCCUCGCCUUCUGUGUCUACACACCGACACAAGCCAUGCUACCCGUGGACCGCAGAGCUGUCCUCAUCACAGGAAGCGACAGUGGAAUAGGACACGAGCUGGCCAAGUUCCUGGACCGCUUGGGGUUCACGGUGUUUGCCACCGUCCUGGACGAGAAAGGGCCCGGGGCCGAAGCCCUGAAGAAGUCCUGCUCCGAGAGGCUGUCCAUCCUGCAAAUGGACAUCACCAACUCGGCUCAGAUUCAGGAGGUGUAUCGCACGGUUCAAAGAAAGCUGCAGAACGGAGAUCUUUGGGGCCUCAUCAACAAUGCCGGGAUCAUGGGCUACACCGCGGAUGGGGAACUGCUCCCCAUGCGUUCGUACAAACAGUGCAUGGACGUCAACUUCUUCGGUCCCGUUGAGCUAUCAAAGACGUUCUUGCCCCUGCUCCGGAAAUCCAAAGGAAGGCUCAUCAACAUUUCGAGCAUGGCAGGAGGGAUCCCGAUGCCGCGCCUGGCCGCCUACGGAUCCUCCAAAGCCGCCCUGUCCAUGUUCUCCGGCGUCAUGAGGCAAGAGCUGUCCAGCUGGGGCAUCAAAGUGGCCGUCGUCCACCCGUCCGGCUUCCGGACAUGCAUCCAGGGCAACCCUGAGAUCUGGAACAAGGAGGAGCAGAACCUUUUCGAGAGCCUGGCUCCGGACGUGCGGAGGGACUACGGCGACGACUACAUCUGCUCCAUGAAGACCUUGCUGAUGCACAUGCCUUCCUUCUCCGCCUCCGACUUCUCGCCCGUCCUGCACGACGUCCUGCACGCACUGCUGGCCAUGCGUCCCUACGGCCUGUACACGCCGGGCAAGAACGCCUACAAGUACCUCCUCAUCUUCUGCUACUCCCCGCUCUGGUUUUAUGACUUUUUCAUCGGCCGGUGCAUGAGCCUUCCCAGCAUGCCCAGCGCCCUCAGAGUCGCCAAGAACUAAGCGCCAGACCCGGAGCAGUGGGAGCCUUUCUCUCAACUUCAGCGGCGGAUGAUCCAUCAGGAAGCCUUGAUCCGCGACCUUUGUUUGCCGAGUUAAUCUGUCAGGCUGUGAACGGAGGGGGUUCGGAGGGGGUUUAAAGGCUCUGCGGCACUUGAAACCCCACUGGUUGGUACGGAACAAGCAGGACGUGUUUCGCUUUACGACAAGUAUUUUCGUAUAUCAGUGCCUUGUGUAUUUUAACUUUCUUUCCGUUUUUUAUAUCCUUUACUCUCUCCUUUUGGUCUCCCCUCCCCGCAGCUUGUUUGUAUUUGAUGAGCACUUGCUGCAAUGCCAAUAAAUGUUUUCCUUUUCCAACGA